UCUGGACCUAGUCAGCUGCUUAGGAUUAAGAAUUUUAAUGAAAUAGAAGGGAUGAGUUAGGGUGGCUCAAGGCUGAGGCUGGUUUUUUAGAAAGUUUAAGUGACUUCUGGGACCCAACAGUUGAAUCUUAUUUAUAAGAUACCUCAGGAUGGAGAGGUGAUGAGAGUGCAGGCCCAGGUGAUCCUUGACUCUAUACUUGAGAAAGACAAUGUAGCCACAGCUAUCUGCGUCAACACUGGAAGUUCCACCUUUACAAUGACUGAUGGAGCCACUGCAAAAGUAUUCGGGAUUAUGUUUACUUGUGCAGUCGAUGGAGGAUGCUCUGAUUCCUUAAAUGUGGGAGUGACUUUCUUUGGAAGUACUAUGGAGUAUUCCUCCAACAACUGGAUAUGGAAGUCACUUAGAAAGUUUGAUACACUCCCAUGAAUAUCGGUACAAAUGUUGGAAAUGGGACUCAUGUUACUUCGACUCAUGGGUUACCUUCAAGUUAAGCAACUAACUCUAACAUACCACUUCAAGAUGUCAUUGCUUACUUAAAAUGCUU